GAGACAAGGCAGCUUGGGGGUUUGACUCGGAAGAAACAGCCAAAGGCGUAUUGAUCUACUACUGUCUCCUUAAUUCUCGCUCUCUCUCUCUCUCUCUCUCUCUCUCUCUUUCUAGCUCUCGCGUAUAAGGAAAGAACCAACGAAACGAGAAAAGCAAGCCAAGCUCCAAAAACUAAUACUUCCAAUUCAAGAGAACAUAAGUCUGAAUCUGGAAAACAAGGUUUUGAUGCUUUCUUAUGUAAGGAUGCCAAUUUGAUCAUUUGAGAUUGUUCUAAUAGUGAAUUGCGUGCUUUAGAUCAGACUGAAAUAAUGUUGCGCAUAAACUUGUUUGUUUUGGGGGGUUUGUUUUGUGCUUGGCGAUUAAUUUCUUGAUUUGCAGUGAGUAUAUCCGGAUUGUGAAUAUACCCACAUAGACCAUGUUGAGAAAUGAGGCUUAGAUUUGAGAAAUGGGGUGUAUUCUUGGUAAAGAAGUAGCCUCUGGCAUAGUUUCAGAGUCUAAAGGGGUCAAUAACCUGAGUGUUGAAUCCAGAAGAAAAUUAGAUGAUAUUUCUGUGACAAAGACCGACAAUAGUAGUGUUGUUGAGAUUCAAAAUGAGGAGACUCAUAAGGAGGAGAAAUUGGAGGGGGAUAAAAAAUCUAGGGGGGAGAGAAGGUCUAGGCCAAACCCUAGGUUGAGUAAUCCACCCAAGCAUUUGCGGGGUGAGCAGGUUGCAGCUGGAUGGCCACCAUGGCUAUCAGCAGUAUGUGGGGAGGCACUCAAUGGAUGGAUUCCGCGGCGGGCAGACACAUUUGAGAAGAUAGAUAAGAUUGGAUCUGGAACGUAUAGCAAUGUGUACAAAGCUAGAGAUCUAUUAACGGGUAAAAUUGUUGCCCUAAAGAAGGUUCGAUUUGAUAAUUUGGAACCUGAAAGUGUGAAGUUCAUGGCUAGAGAGAUCCUCAUUUUGCGGAGAUUGGAUCAUCUGAAUGUUGUAAAGUUGGAGGGUUUAGUUACAUCCAGGAUGUCAUGUAGUUUGUACCUGGUAUUUGAGUACAUGGAGCAUGAUCUAGCUGGACUUGCUGCUAGCCCAGGAGUAAAGUUCUCAGAGCCACAGGUUAAAUGUUACAUGCGUCAACUAUUGUCUGGACUUGAGCACUGCCACAACCGUGGUGUGCUUCAUCGUGACAUCAAAGGAUCAAAUCUUCUUAUUGACAAUGAAGGGGUUCUACGAAUUGCUGAUUUUGGAUUGGCAUCUUUCUUUGAUCCCAAUCACAAGCACCCAAUGACUAGUAGGGUCGUUACACUGUGGUACAGACCUCUUGAGCUUCUGCUUGGGGCUACUGAUUAUGGUGUGGGAGUCGAUCUCUGGAGUGCAGGUUGUAUACUAGCUGAGUUAUUAGCCGGGAAGCCCAUAAUGCCAGGUCGUACUGAGGUAGAACAACUGCAUAAGAUAUACAAGCUAUGUGGUUCACCUUCAGAUGAUUAUUGGAAGAAAUCAAAAUUGCCUAAUGCGACUUUAUUUAGACCCCGAGAACCUUACAAAAGAUGUGUAAGAGAAACCUUUAAAGAUUUUCCACCAUCAUCAUUUCCUCUCAUAGAAACCCUUCUUGCAAUUGAUCCAGCUGAACGUCAGACAGCCACAGCUGCCCUUAGAAGUGAAUUCUUCACAACAGAGCCUUAUGCCUGUGAACCUUCUAGUCUCCCAAAGUACCCCCCAAGCAAGGAGAUGGAUGCUAAACGGCGAGAUGAUGAAGCUCGAAGAUUAAGAGCUGCUGCUAAACCACAAGGUGAUAACACGAAGAAAGCUCGGACACGUGAACUGGUUGCUAGGGCUAUGCCUGCUCCAGAAGCCAAUGCAGAACUUCAAUAUAAUAUUGAUAGAAGACGGCUGAUUACCCAUGCAAAUGCAAAGAGCAAAAGUGAAAAGUUUCCCCCACCUCACCAGGAUGGGGCCCUCGGCUAUCCUUUAGGAUCAUCUCAGCAUAUUGAUCCUGCAUUUGUCCCUGCUGACAUACCUUAUAGCUCUACAUUCACCUAUUCAAAAGACGCAGUGCAAACUUGGUCAGGUCCACUGGUUGAUCCAGCUGGGCUUGGUGCUCUAAGGCGAAAGAAGAAUGGCGUAGGUAAUGCGCGAGAAUCAUCAAAAACAUCAACGGGGAACCAAAAAGACAAAACUGGCGAAAUUCGGUUUAAGGAAAAGAAAAGCAUAGCCUGAACUUUGAGGACAUACAUACAUAUCGGGAAAUCAGAUUUGUGAAACAGGGGAUUGCCUAUACAGCAGAAGCCACGCUGCUACUUAAUGCAAGUGGUUGGCUUCUUCACACAUGGAAGAUAUAUAAUUGUUUUGGUUGAAAUUUUACUUGGGUUGAAAUCAAAUUUUCUAUACUUUUUGUUUCCCAUUUUCAUGAUAGAAAAUUGAGAUGAUGAGAAAAUUUCAUU